UAUCAGAAGACGCGCGGUGUACUAUAUUAACUGCCUAUAAAACGAAUCAACAUAUAUCGCUUGGAAAGUCAGCGACCACCUACAGGUUUUAGACAAGGAAUUCAGGAUAAAAAACAACGAUGGUGUCAUUUGGUAAAUUUGGAAUCCUAUGCGUUGUGUUUAUGAUAAUGUUUACAGUAAAAGUGCGGGCAGCGCCAAACGGUGGUACCUAUGAUGAGAAAGAUUUAAAGGAGAAAAUAUCCUUUUUCAACUCGGACGAACAUGAUACAAUUGGGAGCAGCGUAACUUUACCAAACGCGCUCGGAAUUACCAGCAUCUUGACCCUUCCUAAUGGCGUUGCAGUUCCAUUCAGUAAAAUAGUUGCGUUGGCUGGAGAUUUCUUUGGGGUCCCCGACACUCCAAUUAUUGACCCAGCAGCGGACGGCACGCAGGGAGUGGAACGAGAGAAACGUCGCAAAAGAUUCCUAGCAGCUUUCGGCACACUUGCCUUUGAUAAAGGGAAGGAUCUUCCAGCUCGUGUUCAGAAACUUGUGAAAAUGAUCGAUGAGGAUCAUAAGGCUAUAAAAAGUGGUGGCAAACUUCAUACGGAUGCGGAAUGGGAUAAGGCGACUGGCGGAUUUUGGGCAGGAGGUUUGCCUGUCAAAUUUGGCGGCAUGUUGAGUUUGGCAACAAAGAAUUUCGAUCACUUUCAACCGCAAGCAACACAAGCAUACCUCGCAGGUCAUGAAUUAGCCGUACUGAAAGCUCGGGAGGCCGCGAAAGAUUCAAAUGCCGUUACAAAGAAAGGAAAAUUAAUGGAAGCUUACGCUUUGGAUGCGUUUGCUGCUCAUUUUCUCACCGACAGUUUCUCUGCUGGUCACAUCAGGACACCACGUGUGGAGUUACAUAACAAGGUCAUCAUUCAAAAUAUCGGGGACUAUCUCAGCAAAUUUAUGCACGAUGAAGAUUGCAAAUAUGGUUUGCGUGUUAAAAAUAAAAAAGGAAAAGAAUGGAUCUCCUAUGGUGACAAAUAUCUGAUGGCUAAUGGCAAUAAAGAAAAUCUUGGUAUAGUCAAUCAAGCAAUCCAGAAAUCUGUUCUACAAGUAUACGAAGCAUUCAAAAAUCCUGCGAGCGUUAUAAACCCAAAUGAAGUGAUUGAUUUCGUGCCAUUUGUCAAUCCAGCUGCGGUGAACAAUGCUCCAUUGUUUCAGAUGAAACAGGGUCAACUACUUCGUCGGUUAAGUGUGAAAAAUCUCCAGGAUCAGCAGACAAAGUCAGAUUGGUGGGGAGUCCCAACAGCUACAAUGAACAUGGCUCAAGGUUCGGACAGAGAAAACUCGGCAUUACCAUCAGCAUUGUUUCAGUAGAAAAAAUACUAAAAAUUAUCAUACCAAGUUCAUUUGAAAAUAAACAUA